CACACACGAGGUGGAGAACAGUCUUGAAGAAAUUGAAAGUAUAAAGCUAGAAUUUAGUAUGGAGGUUGUUCCAUCCCAGCAAUUAAAUGUGUAAUUUUGAAUCGUAGCAAUCACUGACUGUGAUGAGGGGAAAAGAAAAUUCAUUCGAUGUGUAACCGUCAACAAGAAUAAAUGUAAUUGUUAAUUCUCUACAAAUUGUAUUCAAUUUCCUGCAAGUAGAAGAACACAUCAAUUGCCGACGAGGAAAGUUCUGGAAUUUUCAAGAGCUCCAGAACUGAACCUGAAGGAUGGCGACAACAAACAGCAACGAUCAACUCCAAGAAGCGAUUCUGCAGAUGACCCAGCUUCUCCAGCGGUUAGCCGUUCAUCAAGCAACGAACCCAGAGCAAGUAUUAGAGUCAUUGUCAACGAACAUCAGCGAGUUCAAUUUUGAUCCGGAGAAUGGCACCACUUUUGAAAAAUGGUUCGCCCGCUAUACGGAUUUGUUUGAAAGCGACGCACGAAAUCUUGAUGACGCAGCAAAAGUACGGCUUCUACUCCGGAAGUUGGACACUGCUUCUCAUAGUCGCUACGUCAACUACAUCCUUCCAAAGCUUCCAAAAGACGUCACGUUUGCCGAUACCGUUACGACACUCAAGAAAAUCUUCGGCAAGCAGACGUCCGUGUUUCACAAGCGCUACCAGUGUCUGCAGCUAUUGAAAACCGAAUCGGAUGAUAUCAUCAGUUACGGAGGCAAAGUCAACAGGGCGUGUGAGGAAUUCGAGUUUCAAGAUUUAAAAAUCGAUCAUUUCAAGUGUUUGAUUUUCGUUUGCGGUCUCAAAGCACCGAGGUACGCAGACAUCAGAGCGAGACUUCUUUCUCGCAUCGAAAGUGAAACGGUACAAGCACCAGUGACGAUUCAAACUUUAAUUGACGAAUUCCAGCGGCUCAAGUCAGACACUACAAUGAUCGAACAUCCAUCAAGUUUGAAAAACUCGGUCCACAAAAUUUCAGAGAAGAAACCAAACAAUAUGCAACGUCCACUGAAAAACGAAAACAAGUCAGGACCUCGUACACCCUGCUGGCAGUGCGGUCAGAUGCUAUGUUCGCGACUGCAUGUUUUCUGACCAUCUCUGCAAGGUGUGCAAUCGCGUAGGUCAUAAAGAAGGCUACUGUGGCUGCAUGAAAAAGUCUUCAAGAGAUUGUUCAACUCAAUCCCGAGAAAAGAAGCAGUUUCAGAAGAAGAAGACGGGUUUCAAAUCACAAUCUAGAGGAAUUUUCGUAAAUCAUAUCGCAAACACCACUGGCAAGCGCAAGUAUGUGACUAUCAUCAUCAACGACGUCGCUAUUUCGCUCCAACUAGAUUCAGCAAGUGAUAUCACAGUUAUUUCCAAGACAACGUGGCAACAACUUGGACGACCAAAGCUUUAUCCACCAUCAGUUCAAGCAUCCAACGCAUCCGGCGGAUCACUCGCUCUCAAAGGCGAAUUUAAUUGUAAAAUCACUCUCAACGGUAUGGUCAAACGUGGCCAGUGUUUCGUGACGUCAUCACCGGAUCUCAACGUUCUGGGCAUUGAUUGGAUUGACACAUUCAACCUGUGGUCAAUUCCCUUCGAUAAGCUCUGCAACCAAGUUGCAACAGUCUCCACACCGUGUUCCGAUGAAGUAACAGCUCAGCUUCAAGCCGAACAUCCGGCGGUUUUCAAUCAAUCGUUGGGUCACUGCAAUAAAACAAAGGUAAAGCUAUUCCUCAAGCCUAACGCUAAGCCCGUUUUCUGUUCGAAGCGACCAGUUCCGUUCAACACGAUAUCACUGGUGGAUGAAGAGCUGACCCGUCUUCAGUCCCUAGGAAUCAUCACGCCGAUUGAUUUCUCGGAGUGGGCCGCUCCGAUUGUAGCAGUACGCAAGCCAAACGGUAAAGUUCGUAUCUGUGCGGAUUAUUCCACCGGACUCAACGAACCGCUGGAGGGCAACCACUACCCUCUACCUACGCCGGAGGAAAUUUUUGCCCAGCUCAAUGGAAGCGUCGUAUUCAGCAUCAUCGAUCUCUCCGACGCGUACCUGCAGGUGGAAGUAGAUGAAGAAUCAAAAAAGCUUCUCACCAUAAACACACAUAGAGGAUUCUUUCAGUUCAACCGCCUGGCACCAGGGGUGAAGUCGGCACCUGGGGCGUUUCAAAGAUUAGUCGAUAGCAUGAUUGCUGACAUUCCCGGUGUUAGAACGUUUAUAGACGAUGCUAUAGUAUUUGGUCCAAAUUGGGAAGCUCACAAGGCGUCGUUAGACAUGCUAUUGCAGCGUCUGGAAGAAUAUGGAUUCCACGUCAAGCUGGAAAAUGCCGGUUCUUUCAAACAGAAAUCAGCUACUUAG